AUGGCGGCGCCGGCCAAUAACUUUCCUCAAAAUCCCUGUGAACCAAAACCCCACUCCACAAUUGGUUGCUUGACUUGUUGGUGUCCAUGCAUUACAUUUGGCCGCAUAGCUGAGAUGGUGGAUCGAGGAUCAACAUCGUGUGGGGUUAGCGGCGCAAUUUAUUUGGCGAUAUUAUGCGUAACGGGUUGCUCGUGCUUGUACUCUUGCUUUUACCGCACAAGAAUGAGAGGACAAUUCUUAUUAAAGGAGAGGCCUUUGAGUGAUUGUUGCACCCAUUGCUUGUGUGAGCAAUGUGCCUUAUGCCAAGAAUAUAGAGAGCUUCAACAUCAAGGCUUCGACAUGUCCUUUGGGUGGCAUGGGAACGUGGAGAGGCAGAGACGGAUUGCUAAUGCUGCCCAACCAAUGCCCCCGCCCAUUGUGCAAGGAAUGAUUCGUUAA